UGUUUUGGCGGAGGCAGACGGGAUCUGGACUCUGUGUUUCCCUCCCUCCUUUUCCUCUCUUUUUUCUUUCUUGGUUUGGUGGCGGAGUCUUCCGCGGGAGAUGCCUUGGCUGGGCGCGCGGCUCCGACUAGGGUGCUAGCAGCACGCUCGCCUGGGGCCAGCUGUGCGGAGCCACGCGCCUACAGUCCGGGCUGUCUUUGCUGCCCUGUUUAGUGCCCACACCUGGCUGCGGCCUCGGAGGCUGCAAGUCCUGAUUUGUCUAAGCCCCACGAGGGGAGUAAGGCGAGGCGGUCCCCAAGCACUGACCUCUGGACGAGUUAGCGAUUUUUCCCGGGGAAAGGCUGCCGCACCAAGUCAGCCCGAGUGUCGGGACAAGCUUUUGUAGCCAUGGGCUUGCAACCCUUGGAGUUUAGCGACUGCUACCUAGACAGCCCGUGGUUCCGGGAGAGGAUUCGUGCCCAUGAAGCGGAGCUGGAGAAAACUAAUAAGUUCAUCAAAGAGUUGCUUAAGGACGGGAAAAACCUCAUUGCUGCCACCAAAAAUCUGUCUUUGGCCCAGAGGAAGUUUGCCCAUUCGUUAAGAGACUUCAAAUUUGAGUUCAUCGGUGAUGCUGAGACGGACGACGAGAGAUGUAUAGAUGCUUCACUUCGAGAGUUUUCAAAUUUCUUAAGGAACUUAGAAGAACAGAGAGAAAUCAUGGCAUUAAGUGUAACGGAGACCCUGAUUAAGCCUCUGGAAAAAUUCAGGAAAGAGAAGCUUGGAGCUGUAAAGGAGGAAAAAAAGAAGUUUGACAAAGAGACAGAGAAAAACUAUAGUCUUUUGGAUAAGCAUUUGAACCUCUCAGCUAAGAAGAAAGAUGCCCACUUGCAAGAGGCAGACAUCCAAGUGGAGCAGAAUCGAAAACACUUCUAUGAGCUGUCUCUUGAAUAUGUGUGCAAGCUCCAAGAGAUCCAAGAAAGAAAAAAGUUUGAGUUUGUGGAACCAAUGCUGUCCUUCUUUCAAGGAAUGUUCACCUUCUACCAUCAGGGCCAUGAGCUGGCCAAAGACUUCAACCACUACAAGAUGGAGCUGCAGAUCAACAUUCAGAAUACAAGGAAUCGUUUUGAAGGCACAAGGUCUGAAGUGGAGGAUCUCAUGAAUAAAAUCAGACAGAAUCCUAAGGAGCACAAGAGAGGAAGCCAGUUUGCAGUGGAAGGCUACCUCUACAUUCAGGAAAAAAGGCCUGCUCCAUUUGGCUCCAGUUGGGUUAAACACUACUGCAUGUAUAGGAAGGCAGCAAAGAAGUUUACCAUGAUUCCAUUUGAACAUCGAUCAGGGGGGAAGAUUGGUGAUGGAGAUGUUUUCUCUUUGAAAGAAUGCACCAAAAGGCACACCGACUCCAUCGACAGACGUUUCUGUUUUGAUGUAGAAGCAGCAGACAGACCUGGAAUUCCUGUGACAAUGCAGGCCUUUUCAGAAGAAGAAAGGAAGCAAUGGUUGGAAGCUCUGGGAGGAAAAGAAGCUAAUUGGACUGAAGGGAUUCUAAAGCAUCUGAUAAGACUAAAGAAGUUGGUGAGGGAUAAGGAGGGGAAAGUUCAUGCCCAAGGUGGUUGCAGGAGUCCAGGUAUAAAUGAUCAAGGACUAUACAGAGUUGUGGGGGUGAGUUCAAAGGUCCAGAGACUUCUGAGUGUGUUAAUGGAUGCCAAAACAUGCAAUGAAGUAGAUCUUGAAAAUUCCUCGGAUUGGGAAGUGAAAACUAUAACGAGUGCUCUAAAGCAAUAUUUGAGAAGUCUUCCAGAGCCCCUUAUGACAUAUGACUUACAUGGAGAGUUCAUCAUUCCUGCUAUGAGGCAGCUCAUCAUCUCCCAGGUACUUGUGAUUGGAGACACGAGUCAGGAAAUGCUCAGAUACCGGGUCAAGUUCUAUGGCGAGGAAGGCCCUUUUUGGAGAGAGAUUUUUAGGACUCUGCCUGAUACCAGCCUCCCUGAACCAGUCUCCAUGUCAACGUCUCCUCCAAAUGCUCCACCGAGGCAAUCGAAGAGACAGGGGCAGCGUAAUAAGAGACCUGUAGCUGUUUACAAUCUUUGUCUUGAGUUGGAAGAUGCUGACAAUCCUAGCCCUCCCAAGGAGGAUACCCCAACGGGCAGCCUUGACUCACUUUCUUCACACUCUCCUACACCUGCCAUUUUGAGUAGUUCCCCUGGACCAGAAAAAAACCACCUCCUUACAGAUGGUGGAGAAUUGGUAGACUGGACAUCUAACCACCCCAGUCAGGCCCGCCCUCCCAUGGUCCAGUGGCUAAACCCGCAGUCUCCUACGACCCCAAGUGCCAACACAGAUGCCAUCCCUCUGUCACCCAUGGCAUCAUCUUUCCCCCUCUCUACUUCUGCUGCGGUCUCUGACAAGCCCACCGAAAGCGUCGUGAGUCGGAAGGCCCGGGCCGUCUAUCCCUGCGAGGCUGAGCACAGCUCGGAGCUGUCUUUUGAAAUAGGAGCCGUUUUCGAAGAUGUCCAAACUUCAAGGGAGCCUGGCUGGCUAGAAGGAACUCUGAACGGCAAGAGAGGACUGAUUCCACAAAACUACGUCAAGCUGCUUUAGCUCCCGGCUGCGGACAUUCGCUCACCGUCCAUGGUAUCCAUGGACUCUCCUUAGGGUUGCUUUUCCCCACUUGGGGGUGGGAGGAAGAUGCACUUGUGACCAGGAACGCGGGAACCUGUCAGACAAGGAUUCAGACACC